AUGGCCGAUAGAAGAAAUCCACCUGUCGACGCAGACGAAUUCGUCGAAGCCUUCGCAACAAGGAUGGAGGGAAAUCAAGUCGGUGGGAGGCUAGGACGACUAGUAACACACAUAAGGAGUCUAGGAGCAAGGAAAUUUACUGGAGGGAAACCUCACGAGGCUGAAGAAUGGAUUUACAAUAUGGAAAUCCACUUUGAAAUGAUGGACUGUACCCAAGUAGAGUUACGAAGAGUGGCUACUUGUCUUUUAGAAGGAGAUGCUCGUUUCUGGUGGGACACGGUCAAACUUGUCACACUCCCUGUAGCAAUGGAACUCAUGGAAUGGGCUGUCUUCAAAGAGAAAUUUCUGGAAAAAUAUUUUCCACAAGUUGAGAGAGACAAGAAAGAAUUAGAGUUUAUUCAACUUACCCAAGGAAAGAUGACUGUGAUUGAAUAUGAGACCAAGUUCACUAAACUUUCUCGUUUUGCUCCACACAUGGUAGAUACUGAUGAUAAAAAGGUAAGACGAUUCAUUGGAGGACUGAAUUCCAAUAUUCGAAGAAUGGUCACUCAACGUAGAAUCACGUACGAGGAAGCUGUGGACAAAGCCCUAACUCAAGAGGAAGAAAAUCAAAAAUACCGCAUGGAGAAGGAGCGAGAGAAUGGCUUCCGAGGAAAGAGAAGUCAUCCAAUAUCUAACCAGAAAAGUGGACGACCAUGGAAGCAGCAAACAAGGAGAGAUGCAUUUCAAAAGCCGACAACAUUAACUCAACAAGGAAAGGAGGUAGCAAGAGGCCUAAUUCUGUGUUACAACUGUGGAGAAAUGGGGCACAUGUCUAAUGCUUGUCCAAAGCCACAUUGCCUUCCAAAAUCUUGUUAUAAUUGUGGCAAGAUAGGACAUUUCUCAAAUCAGUGCGAUGCACCGAGGCAAAAAAAAUAA